AUGCUACAACAACAGGGGAAUCCACUCAUGGCCGAGGGUCUGGAGAAAUUGGACCUUGUUUUACACGAUUUAGAGACCAAAGUGAACAACACCGACCCAAACGAUGAACAUGGUCAGUUGACGCUCAAGGGCUUGGAAGAUCUAGUGAUUAUUGCCGAGGGUGAUCUCAAUGCUGAGAUACGCGACAGCACGGGUGAAAUAAGUGAUACCCACGUGAAUGAUACAGAAACUGAACAGGCUAAAAAGAGACUACGCGAUAAAGUAGCUGAAUUAUUAUUGAGCUCCAAGACUGCCCAGGAUCUCUUAAGCAAAGUGGACAAAAAGCAUUUGGCCAAAGGUUUAAAAAUGUUGGACAGCCUAUUGAAUGGCACCUACACAGAGGUCAGUAAAGCGGACCCCCAGUCUGAUGCGGGAAAGUCAAUGUUACAGGGGCUGGAGAUCAUGAUUGAACAUACUGAAAUAGAUCUAAAUGCCGAGAUUAAAUUGAUUGAGGGCGAAAUACGCGAUGGUCAUAAUAGCUACGAUAUACCGGUUAUAAUUGACCAAGCCGAGUUAAUGAUAGACAGGGCGAAUAAGCUUUCUGAUGAGUUGGAUUCAAAGGGUCGGGCGGUUGAGGCCAAGAGUAUGGCUGUGUUAGUCAGUGGUGUUAAGACAUUGUUGAAAAAGGUACAAGAUUAUAAUCCGUAUACUGGAGUGGGCCGGUUUGUUCAAAAAGCGAUAGAGAGCAGCCGUAUUGAGCGCCCGGAGUUGGAGUCAACGCUGAGCAAAGAGGAGCUGAUCCUGAAAUUGGCUGAACUAUUGCUGAACUCAAAGACAGUUCAGGACUUCCUUAAGAAAGAGGGGAAACCCCUGUUGGCCAAGGGUUUGGAGAAACUCGAUGUUGUGCUCCACGAGUUGGACGAGAAGGUGCAUAAGGCCGACCCCAAGACCAAGAUCGGUCAGCUGGCCCUCCAAGAGCUCGAGAAACUGAUCGCAAAAACCGAGAAGGAUUUGGAGGCAGAGAUAAAAAAGAUCGAGGAUGAGAUUCACAAAAAGCCACCCAUGUCAUUGGCAGGAUUGAGCAAGGAGGAAUUGCUACUCAAAUUGGCCGAAAUGUUGCUCAACUCAAAGACCGUUCAGGACUUCUUUAAGAAAGAGGGUAAACCCCUGUUGGCUAAGGGUUUGGAGAAGUUGGACACACUAUUGCAUGAGUUGGACGAUAAGGUACGCAAAGCUGAUCCCAAGACCAAGAUUGGAAAGUUUGCUCUCGAAGGCCUGGAGAAACUCAUCUCUAAGGCAGAGGUAGACCUGGAGGCUGAGAUCAAGAAGAUUGAGGAUGAAAUACACAAAAAGCCACCCACAUUGACAUUGACUAUGGGAUUGAGCAAGGAGGAAUUGUUGCUCAAAUUAGCUGAAAUGCUGCUCAACUCCAAAACAGUUCAAGACUUUCUCAAGAAAGAGGGCAAACCCCUGUUGGCCAAGGGUUUAGAAAAACUCGAUGUCUUACUCCACGAUUUGGACGAGAAGGUACACAAAGCUGACCCCAAGACUAAGAUCGGGAAACUAGCGCUCGAAGGCCUGGAGAAACUGAUCGAGAAGACAGAGGUAGAGCUCGAGGCAGAGAUCAAGAAGAUCGAGGACGAGAUCCAUAAAAAGCCGCCCACAAUGACAGCCGGUCUGGACAUCGAUGGGAUCAUCAAAACGGCUGAAAUGCUUAUCUCAAAGGCCAAGGUAUUGGUGGAAGAGCUCAAACAACAGGGUCGGGACGUUGAGGCCAAAGGUCUGGCCCUCUUAGAGGACGCCGCCAUCGAUGCCGUGCAGAAAGUGAAAGAGUAUAAACCAAUCACUGAAUUGGAUAAACUCGUACAACUAGGUCUGGUCAGCUCAUUGAAGUUUGCGGAGAAAGAGCUGGAUGAUUUUAUUCAAAAAUUAGCGCCACCGACAUCGUUGGCGACGGCUAAUGAUAUCGCGGACGUGAUUAAAACGGGUGAAAUGCUUGUCGAUAAGGCAAAGUUGUUGGUGGAAGAGCUCAAGCAAAAGGGUCGUGACCUCGAGGCCAAAGGACUGGCCCUAUUGGAGGACUUGGCUAUCGAUGCCCUCCAAAAGGUCAAAGAGUAUAAGCCGUUGACAGCAAUUGGUCGCCUAAUUCAAAAAGAUCUGGUUAAUAAACUGAAAUGGGCAGAGACUAAAUUGGAUAACUUCAUUCAAAAUUUAACGCAGUAA